AUGACAGGAGGUGAGAAAGCACCUACAGUAAAGGACGUUGCUCAUCAGCAAAAGCUUGAUGGAGAACGUUUAUCAGCUUUGGGAAAAGAUGUUUCCGCCAUCAAACUUAAGAUGACUUCGAUUGAAGAAACUAUGAGUUUUCAAUUUGCUAUCAUCUGUAAACAUCUGGGUGUUCCAAUUCAACCAGAUCCAAAUGGUGAAACUGAAAACAUGGCUUUCGGUAGUGAUAUUGGUCACCGUUCUGGUUUACUUCUUACUUCAGGUAAUUUCCAUCGCCAACCUAAGCUUGAUUUUCCUCGUUUCGAUGGAUCUAAUCCGAGAGCUUGGAUUCGUAAAUGUGAACGAUAUUUCUACUUAAGUUCUAUCGACAACACUAAAAAGGUGGAUAUAGUCUCUAUUCACUUAGAUGAUAAGGCUGAUGCUUGGUUUUUAGACUAUCAAGAGGGUAAAUCUUUUAUUGAUUGGUCUCCUUUUGCUUAUGAUGUUUGUUGUCGAUUUGAAGAUGUAUCCUAUGAUAAUUAUGUUGGCAGUUUUAAUAAAUUGUCCCAGAUUACUACUGUGGAGGAAUACUAUGAAAGAUAUGAAUCUUUAAAAGCUAUAAUGAAGGCUAAUAAUCGAAAUCUUUCUGAUGAUUAUUUCACCAUGAGUUUUAUCAGUGGAUUGAAAGAAGAAAUAUGUAACCAUGUUCAAAUUUUUGAACCCAAUUCGGAUUCUGGGGCUUUCUACUUAGCUAGAUUACAACAAGCUUCACUUGAUUCUCAAUCCAAGCGUUACAAAACCUUUCCCAGACAAUUUCAACUAUCUACUAGCUCAUUUUCUCCAUCUUCUAACUUUAAAGCUUCACUACCACCACUUACCAAUAUACCCAAACCAUCUUUCUCUCCAGAUAAGCCUAUCAUUACUCACCCUCUUACACCAACUAAGCCUGAGCCAACUUUGCCACCUAUUAAACGACUCACUCCUGCUCAGAUGCAAGCCAGAAGAGAUAAGGGGUUGUGUUAUAAUUGUGAUGUUUUCUACAAGCCUGGCCAUCGCUGUAAACCACAACAGUUAUUCAUGUUAGUAGCAUCUGAGGAUGACAAUGCUUCUCCACCUAUUGAGGACUCUGAAGAAGAGACUGGUUCUCCAUCCACUUCUGGAGAUACCACCAUGGAGAUAUCUCUACAUGCAUUGGCUGGUCUUGUUACCCAAAGCACUAUUAGAGUACAGGGCUACAAAUUUGAUAGUGAUUUGAGAGUUCUUCCCUUAGGGGGAUGUGACAUGGUAUUGGGUGUUGACUGGCUCAAAGGAUUGGGUGAUGUUGUUUUCAAUCUAGCUGACCUUAAAGUCUCAUUUCAACAUCAAGGUGCACAAAUUACAUUGCAAGGACACAAAGAUAGAACUUCUUGCAACUUACUCAGUGGUGUCUCCUUUCUCAAAUUUGUCAAAACCCAUACUUCUGUCAUUAUUGGUCAACUUUUCUCUAUUUCAGCUGCACCCAUUGCUCCUCCACCACCUGAGAUCACAUCUCUUUUACACAGCUAUGAUGAUGUUUUUAACUCACCAUCCACACUUCCUCCUACCAGAGUUAUUGACCACAAAAUUCCCUUGAAACCAAAUUCAACACCUACCUCUCAAAGGCCUUAUCGAUGCCCCUACAUUCAGAAGGCAGUGGUGGAACAAUUAGUUCAAGAGAUGUUAGAUGCAGGCCUUAUUCAAGACAAUAUCAGUCCAUUUGCUGCACCCAUUUUAUUGGUCAAGAAAAAGGAUGGUUCCUGGAGGUUCUGCGUAGACUACAGAAAAUUGAAUGAGAUGACAAUUAAGGAUAAGUUCCCCAUUCCUCUGAUUGAGGAACUCCUUGAUGAAUUAAAUGGAUCUAACAUCUUCACCAAAUUGGAUCUUAAAGCUGGCUAUCAUCAAAUCAGAAUGGACAUUGAAGAUAUCUAUAAAACUGCUUUCAGAACUCAUCAUGGUCAUUAUGAGUUCAAGGUGAUGCCAUUUGGUCUUACAAAUGCACCUGUUACCUUUCAAUCACUCAUGAACAAGGUGUUUCAACCAUUUCUCAGAAAGUUUGUGCUGGUGUUUUUUGAUGAUAUUCUUAUUUACAGCAAAUCCCUUGAAGAACAUUUAUUACAUCUCUCUCAAGUGUUGGGAGUUGAUGCUGAUCCUGAGAAGUUAGCAGUCAUGCAAACUUGGCCUCAACCAAAAAUUUUGAAGCAACUAAGAGCUUUCCAAGACCUCAAAGAUGCCAUGAAAACUACUCCAGUCCUGGCAUUGCCUGAUUUCUCUUCCCCAUUUGUAUUGGAAACUGAUGCAUGCACUAGGGGGGUUGGUGCUGUCUUGAUGCAACAUGGCAGACCAAUUGCUUUUUUCAGUAAGCUUCUUGGUCUCAAAGCCUUAGCUUUAUCUACUUAUGAAAAAGAACUGUUAGCCAUUGUUAUGGCUGUGUAA